CUGAGCCUCUCUCACUCGCAGUUGUCACCUGCUAAACCCAAAACCCUGGUCUCUUUGCGAGCAAGCCGUCGCCUCUUAUUCAAUUUGACUUAACCAUAAUUGCUUGCUACUUCGGAAAAAACAUGAUAAAGAGGAGAUUUUUUAAAUCAGAGCAUGGAGAGAAGGAUGAAGCUUCCUCUGAUUCAUCAUCAUCUUCCUCGGAUUCUGAAGCUGGCGCUACUGAACAAUCAGAGGAUGAUGUGGUUGCUGACCCAGAAGAAAACAGUGAAUCUGAGGAUGAUGGUGCAGUUGCUGAGCCAAAAGAGGAAAGCGAGUCGGAGGCUUCAUCAUCAUCAUCAUCAGGUUAUGAGAGUGAGGAUAGCUCAGCAAAUGUGAUUGAUGGUUAUUCAUCAGAUGAUGAAACUGCAGAUGACAGAGAAACCUGUACUGGCAUUGAAAUACUCAAGAAGCAAUCUAAUGCCACAGCUGAUGAGGAAUCAUUACCAGAUGAUAUUCCAGAUUGUAUAUUAAAGUGCAAAUCAGUUUAUAAGUGCAGGAUCUGCCCUCGAAUUAUCUGUUUGACUGAGGAGACUAUGAGGGCCCAUCUUAGCUCUAAGAGACAUGCUCGAUCUGAGAAAUUGAUGAAGGAAAAUAGGCUGAAGGUAAUGCUUAACAGUGAUGGGGAAAUUGAGAACUUGGACGAGGAGACACAUGCAGAGAGACAUGCUCGAACUGUAGCUCUUGCACAGGCUAAAUCGACAAAGAAAAAUAAAGGGCGGCAGCGGCAAAGGAAGAGAAUAAAAAAGAGGAAAGAGGGGAACGCUGCAAGCAUGGAGAAAACAACAUCAAAAACAAAAAGUCCUCCCAAGAAAAGGCGUAAAAAUGAGAAGUGAAGAAAGCUUCAUUUGUGUUUGCUGCUUUAUUUGCAGAGUUACUAACAUGCGGCGUACAUGUACUGUAUUCUCUUAAAUCUUGGCAUGAUAAAUUCCAGCUGACAAUUAUUUGUUUCUUCGUCCCCUUCAACUUUAUGUUUGUAAGAUCUGGCAUUGCACCGGGCUUUCUUUUGUUUGGAUAGCACUGAAAUUUCGCUUAACACUCUGCUUUUCUGGGACAUUAACCGGGUACUAUGUAUAAUAGUGUAUUUGCUCUGA